AUGGGUAUUUCUCGAGACAGCACUCACAAAAAAAGAUCCACAGGAGGUCUUAUGCCAGUACAUAGGAAGAAAAGAGCCUAAUAAAAGGGAAGACCACAGUCUAUGACUAAAUUAACUACAAAAUCCAACAUUUUAGAGGAGAAAAAGAGAGUUAGAUCCAUCAGAGUUAGAGGUGGUGGCAUAAAGUAAAGAGCUUUGAGACUUUUUGAAGGUAAUUUCUCAUGGGGAACUUACAGUAUUACAAGAAAGACAAAAAUUUUAGACGUGAAAUAUAAUGCUACUAAUAAUGAAUUAGUAAAAACAAAUACCUUAGUGAAAAACUCAAUCGUUGAAAUAGACUCAACUCCUUUCAAGGAAUGGUUUAAACUCAAAUGUGGUUUAGAUAUUGGCCCAAAAAAAUAAGAUCCUGUUACUCAUAAUAACUCCUCAAAUAAGAAUGAUAGUAAAUCAAAUGCAAACGAACUAACUAUUGAAAAGAAUAUUUUAGAAUAGUUUUAACAUUAAAGAGUUUUAGCCUGUAUUACUUCAAGACCUGGAUAAAGUGGUAGAGCAGAUGGUUACAUUCUUGAAGGAAAAGAACUUGAAUUCUAUAUCAAAAAGUUAUAAUCUAAAAAGAAAUGA